GGGGCCGCCAUUUUGGGUGGCGGGGCUGGGAUCGGAGUGGGGGCCUUGGGUGGUUGUGGCCCGCAGGGGGAGUUAGUGCUGCCCACGGGGUAGCGGCCCCCAUGGCCGGGCAGUUCGACUCCGAGGACCGGGCGAGCUGGUACUGGGGGAGGCUGAGCAGGGCCGAGGCGGUGUCGCUACUGCAGGGGCAGCGCCACGGGACCUUCCUAGUGAGGGACUCGGGCACCAUCCCCGGGGACUUCGUGCUGUCGGUGUCCGAGAGCUCCCGGGUCUCGCACUACAUCGUGAACAGCCUGGGGCCGGCGGGAGGCCGAAGACCUGGCGGCGAGGGCCCCGGGGCCCCAGGGUUGAAUCCCUCCAGAUUCCGAAUAGGUGACCAAGAGUUUGAUUCAUUACCAUCUUUACUGGAAUUCUACAAAAUACAUUAUUUGGACACUACAACCUUGAUAGAACCUGUUUCCAAAUCCAAGCAGAAUAGUGGAGUUAUAUUGAGGCAGGAAGAAGCUGAAUAUGUGCGAGCUCUCUUUGACUUUAAUGGAAAUGAUGAGGAAGAUCUUCCAUUUAAGAAAGGAGACAUACUGAGAAUCCGGGAUAAGCCUGAAGAGCAAUGGUGGAAUGCAGAAGACAGCGAUGGAAAGAGGGGAAUGAUACCUGUUCCUUACGUGGAGAAGUAUAGACCUUCCUCUGCUUCAGUAUCUACUCUGAUUGGAGGUAACCAGGAUAGUUCCCACCCACAGCCACUGGGAGGGCCGGAGCCAGGGCCCUAUGCCCAACCCAGCAUCAACACUCCGCUCCCUAACCUUCAGAAUGGCCCUAUUUAUGCCCGGGUUAUCCAGAAGCGAGUCCCUAAUGCCUACGACAAGACAGCCUUGGCUUUGGAGGUCGGUGAGCUGGUCAAGGUCACAAAGAUUAAUGUGAGUGGUCAAUGGGAAGGAGAGUGUAAUGGUAAACGUGGUCACUUUCCAUUCACGCAUGUCCGCUUGCUGGACCAACAGAAUCCUGAUGAGGACUUCAGCUGAGUGUGGCUCAACAGUUUUGCUUACAGAUGGGAACAAUCUGUCUGUGUUUCACUGCAGCUGCCAUUUAGACUGUGUUCCUACAGAUGUCGAAAGGAGUAUUACUUAUACAAGCAUUCUGAUACCUGCAACCCCCGGGACAGAACACCACCUUUCCUUAUUCAGGGUACGAAACUAGAUAACCUGUGUGUCAAGUGGCAGAACUAGUACAUGAUUGUAGGUUGUAAUGCCUGCAUAUGUUCAUGUACAGAGCAUACCGUACCUUACCUGCAGCAGCAGGUGGAGAAAGCAGCAAUACAUCUGUUGAUUAGAGUUUUUAGGUUUCUCAAGUCCCAUUGCUUAUGUUGCUGCUUCCACGGGCAAUGCAAAUCAACCUUAGAAAAUUCAACAUAUGGGUAGGAAUUUCACAAACAGUUAAUUCUGGAGCUUUUGCCUUUGUUUUCGUUCUAACUUUCUUUGCCCUAACAAGUCUACAUAAUGUUUUGCACCAUGCAAAUAAUCUUUUUAGAUGUAGAACAUACAUUGGGAUAGCUUUGUGACUUACAGAUAUCUAACACUUCAAUAGUAAAUAAGAAAUCAAAUCUUCCUCCACGUCUUCAGAUGAGUUUGAGGACACUAGAGAUUGGUUUCUUCAGUACUGUUGCUUCAAACUUUGCUAGUAGCUAAUUUAACUUCAAGUUGAGAUGUUAUAUUAACACAUCCUGAUAUUUUUUACCGACAAAUACGUGUUUUAAGGAAUUGUAGACCUCCAUACCAGUGCUGACAAAUGUGUGCAUAGCACUUUACUCAUUAAUACAUAGCUUCAAGGUAGUAUUUGAUUCAUAAGUGUAAUAAAAUAUGCAGCAUUGCUCUGAAAAAGUGACACAGAGCACAUUAGCCAGUUGUAAGAGAGAAAAUUAAAUUACAUUGGGACAAUUUCAUAACUCCUUUAUCCUUAGUGAAUAGUCUUAGUCAUUGGCUAGAGUAAAUCAGUGUCAAAUAUCUUGAACUAACAAAACUAAACAUUACCUUUAUUUUAAAAUAACUUUUUGGACUGCUCUGCUUGUUUCCAUCUGUAAAGCAUUUGAUAGUGAAUUCAUGAGAAGAUUUUAUUUGUAAUAAACUAAUAGAAAUACUUGUGUGCUUCUGGACUGAUUAUAAAAAGGCAUAAUAGAGUAUACUACUUCAUAGCAAAUGAUAAAAAUCAGUGCAUUGGCUAGGUUAUAUUAUGCACUACUUGAAUAUUCAACUUUUUCUACUAAUCCUUAUCUGAUUUUCUUUAACAUUAAAAUCAGAAUGGAUACAGUAAGGUUUGUAAAUUAAAACAAUGAGGUAACUAUCCAUUGCCUGUAUCUUAAAUUAAGUUCUCCAAAUACAGCAAUCUAGUGACCAAUAUAUUCAAAGUUAUUUUGUAUCUUUUGUGGCUACAUUGUAAACAGGAUUUUUCUAAAUGGUAUAAAAUUGAAACACCUUGGACAUGUACAAGUAGUUAAAUACCACUAGAAUGUCUCUGAACAGUUGUAAAUGCUUCAAGGGCUAGUUCCCACCACAGAGGCUACUGCUGAGAGGCAUGGUUCCCAUAAAAUAGAAUACUAUUAAAUUUUACCUAAAAACUAUUACAUACUGGAAACAGUAAUACUUUUCCUUUAUCUGUUACAUAGUUGCUUUAUGUUAGAACUAAUUGAUCAGUAUGUCUGUUCAAUUUUCAGGUAGUGGGGACAGAUUACCAUAGAGAAAUCCUAACUGAUUUUUUUAAAAAGUACUACUAAACCCUCUGUAGAAAACUUACAACUCAUCUAUUUUUGUGCUAAUUACUUGACGGACAGAAGUAAUUAAGUGACGGCAUUUCUAAUCUAAUUUGAAUUGAUACUGUGCUUCUAAGUUAGUGCUGAAUGUGCUUAAAAAUGCUUAAAGAUAAACUAAUAAUGGGCUGGUAAAAUGUUCGUUUCUUUACAUCUAAGUCAUACUUUUUUCCCCGACCUUGCUACCUACAGGAAUUGAAUACUUGAUACAGGCAGUCUCUAAAUACGAUAUCUAUACAUAUAGAUUAAUUGCUGAUAGAUGCAUAUAUUUUUCUUCACAUAUCACAAAAGAAGCAUAAAUAAAGGAAAGUAUCAGAGAGGUAGCUGUGUUAGUCUGGUUCUGUAAAAGCAGCAAAGAAUCCUGUGGCACCUUAUAGACUAACAGACGUUUUGCAGCAUGAGCUUUCGUGGGUGAAUGCCCACUUCGUC